AUGAUGGGAGAUACAAUGGGAACAUUUGGUUCAAGCAUGGCAAGUUUGUUCUUCUUAUGGGCAACUUUUCAACAGAUGUUCCCUGAACACCUCAAGAUCGCAAUCAAAGAGUUCCUUUUGUCUACAAUCCAACAACUCUCAUUUGUCCAAAGAUUCUCCGACCAAAUCAUCAACUUCUUCUCUCCUUACGUUGUCAUAACUUUCCCCGAGUACGAAGAGUACCGUUUCAACCACGCUUUCGCAGCCAUCGAUACCUACCUUGGCGCCAAAGCAAUCGAUAAGUCCCAUAAACUCAGAGCAAGUCAGGUUAAAGAGAGCAAAGACCUAGUAUUACAACGUGACGAGGCUAAAGUCAGAGACGUGUACAAAGGAGUUAAUGUCUGGUGGGAGCUUGUGAUUAGUACUGAUGGAGACAGAACUCACAAGCUCACUUUCCAUAGACGUGGGUUUGAGAUUAUAACCGUUUCUUACAUCAAGUAUGUAAUGGAACAAGGGAGAAAGAUUCAGGCAAAAAACAAGAAGAGGAAGCUGUUCACUAACAACCCUAGCUCCAACUGGGACAAUACUAGCAAGAAGAGCUUGUGGAGACACAUUGAUUUCGAACACCCAGCGAGUUUUAACACAUUAGCUAUGGAUCCUAAGAGGAAAGAAGAGAUUUUAAACGAUCUUGAAGCGUUUCGUAAUGGGAAAGAUUAUUACAAGAAGAUUGGGAAAGCUUGGAAAAGGGGUUACCUAUUGUACGGACCACCAGGGACUGGUAAGUCAACGAUGAUCGCGUCUAUAGCGAAUCAUUUGAACUAUAGUAUAUACGAUCUCGAACUCACGGCUAUUCAGAACAACUCCGAGUUAAGGAAGCUUCUUACCGCAACAUCAAGCAAGUCUAUUAUAGUGAUUGAAGACAUUGAUUGUUCUUUAGACCUAACGGGCGAAAGAAGGAAGAUAGAUGAUGACUUGAGCGACAAGAAAGAUGGCGAAAAGGAACAGAACCAAAGCAGAGUCACACUCUCUGGGAUUUUGAACUUUAUAGAUGGGUUAUGGUCGGCUUGUGGACAAGAGAGGAUUGUUAUAUUCACGACGAAUCAUAUGGAGAAAUUAGACCCGGCUUUGAUCAGGAGAGGAAGGAUGGAUAUGCAUAUUGAGUUGUCUUAUUGUGGUUUUGAGGCGUUUAAGGUUCUUGCCAAGAACUAUUUGGAUGUUGAUUCUCAUCCUCUGUUUGGUGAUAUCGAGUCUUUGCUGAAGGAAAUAGAGGUCACUCCAGCUGAUGUAGCGGAGAGAUUGAUGGCGAAGAAUCAUAAAGUGGAUGUUGAUGGAUCACUUAAAGACUUGGUUCAGAGUUUGGAGAGGAAGAAGAAGGAACAGAGAGGUGACGGUGAGAAUGAUAACAGGAAGAAAUCUGGGCUUAAUGCUCAACUCUCAGCCUAUCCACGUUGGAAUAAAAAAUCAGCCAUUAGGAAAGAGCCAGCUGUCCAUCUAACCUACGACAUUAUUCUUUCUUCAGUUUUCCUAGCUGCCGUAUUGCUUACAAUCUCCGGCCUUUUCCACUUCCUCCUUCUUCUUCGUUAG